UAGAGCGUCAGUUACGAUUAAAGAUUACAGCAAGAUGUUUGGAGGAAUUCCAGUGCUCUAUUUCUUUGUAGUUUUUGCUACCAUAUUGUUGCAAAUUCAGGGAGAGUCGUGUGGAUGGUUGAAGGACAGCCAGCUGUUUAAUCGAAAGGAAAUCACAGAACCGGAUGAGUAUGCGUGGAUUGGUCGCGUGGGCUACGGAGAGUCGAGUAAUUUCACCACCGAUUUCUACUGCCUGGCGGUGCUGAUCCAGCCCCAUUUUGCGGUUCUUCCCGCCCACUGUGUGCUGAACCAGGCCAAAGUCGAGGCCACUUUCAUCCUUUUCGGGGACUGGCGUGCCAACGGGGACAUCGUUGAGGCCGAUUGUCGCCUGGAGAAAAGCGGCAGAGUGUGUGCUGUUGCCCCGGAAGCCUACGACAUCGAAGAGUUGAUAGUGCACCCAAAGUACAUGGGUCGGAAGAAUCCCAGUUCCAUCGACCACGACGUCGCACUGGCCAAGCUGCUGCGAGAGGUGAUCUACAGCGACUACGUGGGACCCCUUUGCCUUCCACCACACUUGGAGGACGAGGACGACGACAGUCACAUAGCUCAGAAGCUGCCAAUGGUGGGUUUCAAGCGGCGGUCCAGGAACCAAACAAAUGUGCACAAGGACGAUGAGUUUCGCACGAAGGUGGAGGUGCACACGAUAGGUCUCAAGUACUGUGGCUCCCUGCAAGACCAGUUGCAUCUCUCCAAGAAUCACCUUUGCGCCACGGCAGCUGGGCAAAUGCUUAAUUUUUUCGGAUCACCACUGAUGGGCAUCGAAGUAUCGGACGGUGAGCCGUAUUUCUUUUUCCUGGUCGGACUUCCUACCUUUGGAAAGAUAACAGGUUUCAAGCGCGAUACCGCUUUGUUCGUAUUCACGCGCAUUUCUCCAUACGUGGACUGGAUUAAAAAAAACACUGGAGACUCGGGCAUGACGCCGAAGUAAAUAUGUGAUUGAGCUUUAAGUCCUCUGACGUCAUUAGUUCUCGCUGAUCAGUGCUCUUGAGCAGUAAUAAAUGAGAUAAACUCAAUAUUAAAAUUUGCCUUAAAUUAACUUGCUCAUAGUAAUACUAAAUAUAUGGCAGCUUAAUCUAUUGACUAUCAAUUAACUCGUUACAAACUUACCAUUUUCGAUAAAGAUACUAUAAAUUGUAGCUUGUUAAUAAAAAGUCUUACAAAUA